AUGGCAUCAAAUAAUACAAUUGAAUCAGCUCAAAAAGCUGUUUUAGCCGAAGUAGCAAAACACGAUCAUGAAUUAAAGCAUGUUGAUCCUCCUGGAGAAUCAUUAGCAACAACUCAAGCUAAAGUAUUACUUGAAGUACAAGGUGGUAAGCAUGAAUUACAUCAUGUUGAUCCACCAGGAGAAUCAUUAGCAACAACUCAAGCUAAAGUACUACUAGAAGUACAAGGUGGUAAACAUGAACUACAUCAUGUUGAUCUACCAGCAGAAUCAUUAUCAACAACUCAAGCCAAAGUCUUACUUGAAGUACAAGGAGGAAAACAUGAAUUACAUCAUAUUGAUCCACCAGGAGAAUCAUUAGCAACAACUCAAGCUAAAGUACUACUAGAAGUACAAGGUGUUGAAAUAAAUCUGAAUGCUAAAUUAAUUUUACCACUAUGUGCUAUAAGUCAACAAGCAUAA